AUGGCACCAUCAAAGAGGCCUCAAGAGACUGCUGUGGCAGAGGAGGAGUCAUCACCCAAGAAGCUAAAUACCAACUUCACCAAAGAAGAUAUUGAGCACUUUUUCAAUGCUCAAAUUUGGAAGUCAGAGUUUCAAGAUGAGAUUCAAAAGCAAGUGAAAGAGAGCUCACCAUAUAAAUGGGGAACCAUCAAGCAUCUCAUGGAUGAUACACUCUUGCGUCAAGUGAGGAAAGAGGUGUUAUCAGAAAUUGCAUUCACAAAGAAAGAGACUGAUAUUUACAAAGUUUAUCAGCUGGGAGAUCUUGCCAAUUUGUCGGGUUUGGAUUGGAAUGACUUGUCCAGGCUACCUUCAUUGUAUAAAUUACGAGCUGCGAUAUACUCCCAAGAGUUUAGGGAUGUUGUUUCUAGAAUCACAGGGUGCGGUAAGUUGAGUGGGGUGAAAACUGAUAUGUCAAUCAAUACGUACACCAAAGGUUGCCAUUUGUUAACUCACGACGAUGUCAUUGGCAGCAGAAGGGUCAGUUUCAUCCUUUACAUGCCUGAUCCUGACAAAGUAUGGAAACCACAAUAUGGUGGAGCUUUGAGAUUAUUCCCCGCUGUUGUCCCCAAUGUUCCCCAUACUGACUAUGAAUGCAAGUUAGUACCUCAGUUUAACCAAAUAGCUUUUUUCACCGUCCAGCCUGGAUUGAGUUUUCAUGAUGUUGAAGAAGUUCGCGAGGAAAAGCAUAGGUUAUCAAUUCAAGGAUGGUUUCACAUUCCCCAACCUGGAGAGGAUGGAUUCGUUGAGGGCGAGCAAGAAAAGACCGAGGCCAUGUCCACAUUGCAACAGCUUCAAAGUAAAGAAUUGCAAGAGUUUGAUUUUCCAAAAAGCAUCAGAACUGAGAUCAACCCCCUUGAAAUGAAGAAUAUUCAAUCAUGCGAGCGACUCAAUCAACAAGACAUUGAUUACUUGAAAUACUUCAUCAACCCUACUUAUCUCAACCCCACACAUAUUCGGAAAUUGAGCGAAUUUUUCAUUGAUGAAUCGCUUGUUGAAUUAAAAGACUUUUUCAAUGAUGAUUACGCUUCCGUUUUGAAACAGCUACUCAGAGAUGUUGAGAUUAACACUGAAACACCCCAAAAUUCGACAGAGGUGCGACACCCAUGGAAAAUUGCCGUACCACCUCACAAGCAACGCUUCAUGUAUAUUGAUGGUACGUCUUAUCAUGGGUUAUCGAAAGGGGAGAUUAAACACAUCAAUGAAGUAGGUCCUCAGGAACAACCUAAUUUCACGCUUCUUAAACAAUCAAAUAACCUUAACCCAACAGACUCCAAAAUCAUUGAAAUUUGUGAAUUUCUAAAAUCAGUGGCCUUUAAAAAAUGGUUAAAGAUACUCACUGGGUUGAUACUUGCCAAUGAACAAAUUCUAGCACGGAGGUUUAGACCGGGACAUGAUUUUAUUUUGGCAACAACAGUGGACUCAGAUGCCGGUAGAAAUGAUUACGAAGAAAACGUUUUGCUUGAAGCAACAUUAAACCUUACUCCAACUGCGGCAACCGGUAAAAAGUCCAACAGUUGGGAAUCAGGUGAAUUUGGGGGGUAUGAAUUAUGCAUGGCGCAAAAUACCAAUGACGGUGACGAGGAAGAUGAUCCCGCGAUUUACCGUUCAUCCAAAGAUUCUGAAGAGGAUAGUGUGUUAUACACGAGUCAAUGUAAAUGGAACACCCUUACUUUAAUGGUUAGAGAUGCAUCGUUAUUGAAAUUCGUAAAAUAUGUUAGUAUUAAUGCAAAGGGAUCUAGGUGGGAUAUUAGUUGUCAAUGGAAUAUAAAAGCGGAAACCGAGGAAGAAACAGAAAACUAG